CAGAUUGACGUCAUCGGGACUGACGCAGAGUAAAGCCGAGGUAGCAGAGAGUCAGAGCAGCAGCAUCCCAUCUACCAAACGACUCCUCUCCAACCUCCCACCACCAGCGAGGUGUUUUCCCUCUCUGAGCAUCCUCCAAACAUAACGAGAUAAAAGAUAAGAUGGCCACCUCCUCCUCCACUCUGGAAGAAGACGAAAGUUUGAAGGGCUGUGAAAUCUUCGUGCAGAAGCACAACAUCCAGCAGAUCCUCAAAGAGUGCAUUGUGAACCUCUGCAUCGCAAAGCCUGAGCGUCCUAUGAAGUUCCUGCGGGAGCAUUUUGAAAAGCUGGAGAAGGAAGAAUGCAAGCAGAUCAUGGCUCGCCAGAAAUCUAACAGCCAGUCAGACUCACAUGAUGAUGAGAUUUCUCCCCCACCACCCAACCCUGUUGUCAAGGCCAGGCGCCGCAGAGGAGGGGUCAGCGCCGAGGUCUACACCGAAGAGGAUGCUGUCAGUUACGUACGCAAGGUGAUCCCAAAGGACUACAAGACCAUGACAGCAUUGGCAAAGGCCAUCUCCAAGAAUGUGCUGUUUGCUCACCUGGAUGACAAUGAGAGAAGUGACAUAUUUGAUGCCAUGUUCCCAGUCACCCACAUUGCAGGAGAAACUGUCAUCCAGCAAGGCGAUGAAGGAGACAACUUCUAUGUGAUUGACCAAGGUGAAGUGGACGUGUAUGUGAAUGGGGAGUGGGUGACCAGUAUCGGAGAAGGAGGCAGCUUUGGAGAGCUCGCUCUGAUCUAUGGGACUCCCAGAGCGGCCACCGUCAAGGCCAAGACUGAUCUGAAACUGUGGGGCAUCGACAGAGACAGUUACCGACGCAUCCUCAUGGGCAGCACACUGAGGAAGAGAAAGAUGUAUGAAGAGUUUCUUAGCAAGGUGUCCAUCCUUGAGUCUUUGGAUAAGUGGGAACGUCUGACUGUGGCUGACGCUCUGGAGCCCGUUCAGUUUGAGGAUGGAGAGAAGAUAGUGGUGCAAGGAGAGCCGGGUGAUGACUUCUUCAUUAUAACAGAGGGAAUAGCCUCUGUUCUGCAGCGCAGGUCUGACAAUGAGGAGUAUGUGGAGGUUGGACGCCUUGGACCCUCUGACUACUUUGGUGAAAUCGCCCUGCUGUUGAACCGUCCCAGGGCAGCCACUGUAGUCGCUCGUGGUCCGCUCAAGUGUGUGAAGCUGGACAGGCCCCGUUUUGAGCGUGUGCUGGGGCCGUGCUCAGAGAUCCUCAAGAGGAACAUCCAGAGAUACAACAGCUUCAUCUCCCUCACUGUGUGACACGCCGGCCCCUCUCCGGGCCCCCACCAGCAGGGGUGGGAAGCAUCAGCAUCAGAGUUUUGGUCCAUGGGUGGGAUAGAGGUGAGGAUGUGGGGUAAAGGAAGUGGGUUUUACAUCCGCGGUGACAGGGCGCACAUUUCCUGCCCUCUUUUCCAUUUUGUGCAUUUCUUUCUUUUCUUUGAUCUUUUGCACUUUGCCUUGACCAGUGCUGUCACGUAGCUUUAUGUCUAAAACAACAUGCAGGAGUGUAAAAAGAGAGCGAGGGCUGCAGUCAUUCAACUGUAAAUGAGUCAUAAAAACAGUGUGUCAACUUCAUGAUGUAUGCUCCUACACUGUCAAAGAAUGGCAUUUGCACUUUCAUGUAUUUAUGAAGGGCACAAUGAAUUCAGGAAAUGAGGAAGUAAAGACAUGUUUACGUACAGCAGGAGGAGGUGAGGACACAUUUCUUUGCUCGCUGCCAGUGAUUUGCCUAUUUUUCACUUCUGGCUGUGCGUGGUGCCAUUUGGAGGUCGAAUCUGACCCGCACUGCACAUAUCUCCUGUUUCCUAAAGCGUAGAUGUAGAGGUAUAAAUACAAUUGAAUUCCUGGCUGCUUCAUUCAUUUUUGUGCUUUUAAUUGUGCUUUAACUGUUGUUAUCUGUUGGGGGUUGUUAGAGGAGAUGAUAUGUUGAGAUUUUAUGUGGCGUGUGCAAGCCAAAUUAAGUUUCUCCCCCCCCCAAGAAAUCCUCUUUAUCUGAAUAUUUCCUGCAGCGGUUCAGUCUGAUCUGUGAGCCGUGAUAUUCCAAAGGAGAAGUAGUGUUAUCAGUCCAGUCCACACACAAGCAAAUGGAGUCUGAAACACACUGACAUGAAACACACAACAAUAGCUGUAUAUGCUUACACUGUCUCAGGACUCUUAGACACACACUCUGACUCACACACAACUCUUACCAGAUGCUUUUUGAAGCUGAUUUUCUUCUAGGUUGAACAACUAGAUUACAGCUUUUGCACCACUUUUGAGUUUGUAACGUCAGGUCAAUACAAAAGUUUGAUAUAGCUGUUUGACGACAUAACUUAUAUAUUAUGAAUAUAUUUUAAAAAAAGAAGUAGAAAAUAUACUUGUGUUGCUUUCUUAUGAUCUACUGUAUCCUGUCAGAGUUGCACAAAUGACCCAGCAAAAGAUGUUGAGUAGAAGGGGAAGAAAAUAAUCUUUCUGUAUUCUCUUUCUCUCUGUAUCUCUUUCUUUCAACUAUCCAAAACCAUCUUGAGCAAAUAAAGAAAAGCUUCUGAAA